GCACAUGCUGGUCGCUUUUCCAAGUGAACCCAAAAGUUAAAGUUGAAAUAACGCAUUGCGUCGAGCUUCGCCAUUGGCUCGUUGUACGCAACGUGAAAUAUCCAAUGAGCCGCCAUAUUAGGAAGCCGAACCUCUUUCAUUCGGAUAAGAAAAGACGGGACCUGCCUUCACGACAGUUUUUCAUGCGUUCCGGUUGUCUUUGAGCGCCAUAAUCAAAACUAUUUGCGCCCGUAACAUCCGUGUUUUCUUUGGUUACCGUCUUCCACAAUGGCCACCGCAGCGGCGACCCCGACCGGCCAGAGGAGCACGUGCGGCAGCGGCACUCCGCUGAGCCCGAACAGGAUCACCCGCCUGCAGGAGAAACAGCAGCUGCGGGACCUCAACGACCGCCUGGCCGUCUACAUCGACAAGGUCCGCAGUCUGGAGUCCGAAAACGACGUGCUCCACCUGCAGAUCAACGAGAGGGAGGACGUGAAGAGCCGGGAGGUGAGCAGCCUGAAGUCCCUGUACGAGAGCGAGCUGGCCGACGCGCGCCGGAGCCUGGACGACUCGUCCCGGGAGCGCGCCUGGCUGCAGAUCGAGCUGAGCAAGAUCAAAUCCGACUAUGAGCAGCUCCACCACAGCUACCAGAAGAAGGACUCUGAGGCAGCAGGCGCGCAGGCCCGGCUGAAGGACCUGGAUGCUCAGCUGAACUCCAAAGAGGCCACGCUGGCCACGGCGCUGUCCGACAACCGAUGCCUGGAAGCCGCGCUGGCCGACCUGCGGCAGCAGCAGCAGGAGCUGGAUGCGGCUCUGGCGCAGACGAAGAAGCACCUUGCAGACGAGAUGCUGCUGCGCGUCGACUUGGAGAACCGCUGCCAGAGUCUGACGGAGGACGUGAACUUCCGCAAGAGCAUGCAAGAGGAGGAAGUGAAGGAGGCCCGGCAGCGCUACGAGACUCAGCUGGUGGAGGUGGACUCUGGCCGCAAGGUGGAGUACGAAUAUAAACUGAGCCAGGCCUUGACGGAGAUGAGGGCUCAGAAUGAGGAGCAGAUCAAGCUCUACAAGGACAACAUGGAGAGCACCUACGUCACCAAGCUGGAGGACUUGCACCGGCAGUCUGAGAUGAACGGAGCGUCUGCCAACGUGGCCCGAGAGGAGCUCAGAGAGUCCAGCCUGAGGAUCGACAGCCUCACCGCCCAGCUGGCCGCCAUGCAGAAGGAGACUCGUGGGUGGCGCGAUCGCAUCGUGGAGCUGGAGGGGUCGCUGGCUCAGGAGAAAGACAAGAGCCGCAAGCUGCUGGCUGACAAAGACCGCGACCUGGCCGAGAUCCAGGCCAAGAUGCAGCAACAGCUGAACGACUACGAGCAGCUGCUGGACGUCAAGCUGGCGUUGGACAUGGAGAUCAACGCCUACCGCAAACUCCUGGAGGGAGAAGAAGAGCGACUGAAGCUGUCCCCCAGCCCUUCGGCUCGCGUCACGGUGUCUCGAGCUUCGUCCAGCAGCCGCAGCGUGCAGACCACCAAGGGGAAGAGGAAGCGCGUCGACGUGGAGGAGCAGGAAGCCAGCAGCUCGGUGUCCAUCUCGCACGCCGCCUCGGCCAGCGGACCCGUCUGCAUCGACGAGAUCGACACAGACGGCAAGUUCAUCUGCCUCCUCAACGGCGGGGACGAGGACCAGGCGAUGGUCGGCUAUGAGAUGAUUAAGACUAUUGGAAAUGCCACAGCGACCUACAAGUUCACACCCAAAUAUGUCCUGAAGGCCGGCCAGAAAGUCACGGUCUGGGCGUCUGACGCCGGUGUGAGCUCCAAACCUCCUACAGACCUGGUGUGGAAGAACCGGUCCUCCUGGGGUUCAGGGGUGGAUGUCCAGGUGAUGCUGGUCAACCCUCAGGGAGAGGAGGUGGCAAAGAGAACCACGACAUACAGGACGACAAUAGAGGAGGAGGAUGAUGAUGAGGAGGAUAAUGGAGUGGAGAUCACUGAUGAAGAGCUCUACCACCAGCAGGAAGACCCUCGCGCCGCGAAGAGAGGCUGCUCCAUCAUGUGAUCCACCAUGUGAUCAUCAUGUGAUCCACCAUGUGAUCAUCUCCACUUCCUCUGAGCCCAGCCAGUCUGCUGCCAACUCUUAAUACUAGAACUAUUUUUCUAUGUUUUGUAGUGAACACCAAAAAGAAAUGGAUUUAUUUCUCAGUAAAAAAAGCCAGUUUUUGGUAGAUAUAAUUUCACCUGUAAAAGCUAAAUGACGGGGCAAUGUUUGUAUUUGUAGUUCAGAUUUUCUUUUUUAAACCAUGCAACACGUAGCUGAACCCACGGACAGACUUGUCUUUUAAGAAAACAAGUAUGUGAUUUUCUUUUUUUAUAUAUAUAUAUAUUUAUAAUAAUGGCUUUUAGUUUAAUUUUUAAUCAUUGAUGCUAUAUUUUAGUCGGGAAGUAAAUCACAGACUUACUGUUUUUAGUUCAAGUCCAAAUAAGCACCGAGAGGAAAGAACAAGUGAACACAAGGAAUUGGAAACGGCAGAAUUGAGCAAUGUAAGAAAAGCCGUGUGAACUUGUUCUAGUGUCCUAGAAGCACUGGUGGUUUCAUCGUAUUGGUAAGAGGAGGUCAAAGGACCGUUCAGUUGUCAUGUUCCCUUAAAGAUACGAGUAACCCGAUCCCACUCCACUAAGUAAAUGCUGCACCACUAUUUGAGAAGUGCUGAUUGUAUUCUAUACUUUUGAUAUUUGAAGUGUUUUGAAGUACUUUUGUGUUGUGUUGUGUUUCUAUGCAUGCUAUGGCUGUAGACAUCAUAGUUGAAUAAUUAAACUACUUUUCUUGUA